UUUAUAAAGAGGAGCAAGUCAACGCGCGCACUAAACGAAGCUACUUACUGUUGACCUAUUUGUUAAAAACUUUAUUUAAAAAAGGACCACAACUACUGGAUAAAAAGGAACCGACUAAUCAAGACUUAUAUAUUUUCUUCUUUUUCUCUCAAAAGCUUCAAGUUUAAAGGUUUUGUCGGAGAAAGCUGUUAAACUUGUGAGAGACAUUUCCUUCCGUCGACGCUUUAUGUAUCUGGAUUUAACCCGCUGCUCUACUAUGGUCAUAAUGGAGGUUCUAGCCGUCGACUCCGCGUCCCUCCGCGCUCUGUUGGACACAGACGUCCCGGACUGCCUGGUGCUGGACUGCCGCUCCUUUCUUUCCUUUAACUCGUCGCACAUAUCGGGCUCCAGCAACGUCCGCUUCAGCACGAUAGUGAGGCGGAGGGCCCGGGGCGGCCUGGGGCUCGAGCACAUCGUCCCCAACGAGGACACGAGGAACCGGCUGCUGUCCGGGGACUACAAGUCCGUGGUUCUGCUGGACGACCGGAGUUUGGACUUGAGCCAGGUGAAGAAAGACGGGACUCUGAUGCUGGCUGUUACUGCUCUGUGCCGUGACCCCUGCGGAGCCAAUGUUUAUAUCCUCAAAGGUGGAUUUGAUGCCUUUUCUACGGACUAUCCAGACAUGUGUACCAAGUCUUCUCCUCCACAAGGACUUAGCUUACCUUUGAGCUCCAGAAACCCAGACAGUGCAAGUUGCAGUCCAUGCAAUACACCUCUAUAUGACCAGGGGGGUCCCGUGGAGAUCCUUCCAUUCUUGUACCUUGGCAGCGCUUACCAUGCCUCCAGAAAAGACAUGCUGGACAUGCUGGGCAUCACCGCGCUUAUCAACGUGUCUGCCAACUGCCCCAACCACUUCGAGGACUCCUUCCUCUACAAGAGCAUCCCCGUCGAGGACAACUACAAAGCCGACAUCAGCUCGUGGUUCAACGAAGCGAUUGAGUUCAUCGAUUCAGUGAGAAACAAAGGCGGACGGGUGUUUGUCCACUGUCAAGCAGGCAUCUCCCGCUCGGCGACCAUUUGCCUGGCCUAUCUGAUGCGCACCAACCGCGUGAAGCUGGACGAGGCCUUUGAGUUUGUCAAAAAGCGCCGCAGCAUCAUCUCUCCCAACUUCAGCUUCAUGGGCCAGCUCCUCCAGUUCGAGUCACAGGUUCUGGCCUCGUCAACAUGCUCCUCAGAGGCAGGCAGUCCCGCCAUGGGCAACAACGGCACCGUGUUCAACUUUCCCGUCUCCAUCCCUGUGCACUCCUCAGCCAGUCAGCUGUCGUUCCUCCACAGUCCCAUCACCACCUCGCCGAGCUGCUGAGGACGUUAUGAGACUUUACUUGGAUCGGAACUCACAUGAGACUGUAGAGAGGACUAAAAAAACGGCCUGGUUGUGAUACCGUCAUUGGUAUUACCAGGCAUUAUGGUCACUAUAUGUAGGGCCAGUUUUUUGCAAGCUGGUCUCGUUAUUUCAAAGGGAGAUUUGAUAUCUACCGUCUGACAGUAUUGUAAUGCUCAACUUUUUAUGUGAAAGUCUUUGACCUUCUAAACCUGAAGGGCUUGGGAGAUGGCUGAAAAAGGAAAGAUCUGUAGAAGAUGACGUCUAAACAUUUUAUUUGAAUGAAGAAACUGCUUAUGAUAAUCCUAAGAAACAGAGAGGCUUCGUCCUGACGUCUCUUUAAUGUCCACCUUGCAUUUCUGGGCUCGUCCCAAAGCAAGUAAACGCCUUACGUGAAACUGAAGUCAAUCAUGUGAUGAUCAAUGAAUGUAUCCUCUGUAUUCUGAGUACUGACUAACCCUUCCCGAUCAGUCGCAGAACUGAAGAAGUCGCAGAUCUAAAACCAAAAGUUUUGCCUUUCACAAGCCAUCGCUGACAAUCCUAAGAUCUUGGGAGAGCUGACCACAAAAUACCUCAUGUUUGUGUUGUGUGUACUGCAGCGCUGAGAUGGACAGAACCCCGGAAACUACUAAAGUGGGGCUAACGCGUCUUAUUUGCCUGCAUUCUAUUUAUUAAGCAAAGUAAUAUAUUUGUAUCUAUUUUUACAUUUGUCUGUUUUUUAUACACCUGAAUAAAUGCCACUUGACUUUUGUAAUCAGC